UCUCUAGAACCGGUCCGCUCUUUAGAACAGUUCCUCUCUCUAGAACCGUUCCUCUCUAGAACCGGUCCGCUCUUUAGAACAGUUCCUCUCUCUAGAACAGGUCCGCUCUUUAGAACAGUUCCUCUCUCUAGAACAGGUCCGCUCUUUAGAACAGUUCCUCUCUCUAGAACAGGUCCGCUCUUUAGAACAGUUCCUCUCUCUAGAACAGGUCCGCUCUUUAGAACAGUUCCUCUCUCUAGAACAGGUCCGCUCUUUAGAACAGUUCCUCUCUCUAGAACAGGUCCGCUCUUUAGAACAGUUCCUCUCUCUAGAACCGGUCCGCUCUUUAGAACAGUUCCUCUCUCUAGAACCGUUCCUCUCUAGAACCGGUCCGCUCUUUAGAACAGUUCCUCUCUCUAGAACCGGUCCGCUCUUUAGAACAGUUCCUCUCUCUAGAACCGUUCCUCUCUAGAACCGGUCCGCUCUUUAGAACAGUUCCUCUCUCUAGAACCGGUCCUCUCUAGAACCGGUCCGCUCUUUAGAACCGUUCCUCUCUCUAGAACCGGUCCGCUCUUUAGAACCGUUCCUCUUUAGAACCGUGUCCCCGGCACGAUGUCCCAACAGGAAGGCUACUCGCCCAGCUUCAAGCGACCGGCUGAAAUCAUGCGAAUGAGGCGGAGAAGAACCCGAAGCGACGCCGGCGUCUCCUCGAGCCCGAGCGGCCCUCCCUCCGCGGGCAGCCCCGGACAAAGCGACUCAUCCCGGGCGUGCGUUCGGCCCUUCUCCCCGGGGCCCUUGUUCAACUACCAGAACCGCUCCGGAGGGGGGACGAAGCGCAGGAACCCGUUCGCGAGUAUUGAGAACACCCGCAGCCCUAAAAAGAAACGCCUCAUUUCUAACGACGCCGGGAACGUCGAAGCUGCGGACCGUUCCGCGACGAGCACCGGGACCGGACCGGAGGGAUUUGAGGGGGACACGUCAACAACGCCCGGAAGUCCAGGAGGCCAGCUGCCGUUCGGCGUGAGGCUGGCGGCGGCGGAGAGACUGCAACACCGAGACACGUGCCUCCUUGAAGACGACUCUCUAUUUGAAGAAGAGGAGGAGGAAGUUCACAGCCCGCUGCUGAAGAGCCCCCAGGCCAUCGCUCCUGCCUCCAUCGCUGCUCCCGUCUGCACAGAGUACCCAGCGGACUGGAGCCUGAAGACCCGCCUCCUCUUCACCUCCCCGCUCACCCUGGGGUGGGCCGAGCACCCCAAAGCCCAGGAGGAGGCGCUCGGGCUGCGGCAUCACUGCAGGGCUCAGUUUAGCCCCCUGCCCCACAGUCUCCAGGAUCCCCGGUCCUGCUCCGAGCUCCGUUGUGCCUUCCAGCAGAGUCUGGUCUACUGGCAGCACCCCUCCCUGCCCUGGAUCCCCCUGUUCCCCAGGAUCAACGCCGAGAGGAGCUUUGCUGGGAGGAGCACCCCGUGGGCUCAGGAUGGGGGGCUGCAGCAGAGUCUGAUGAGUGAAUGGUCAGUGAGUCUGUCGUCUCUCUACAGUCUCCUGAAGGCCAGGCUGUGUCCUUACUUCUACCUCUGCUCCCAUCAGUUUACUGUGUUGUUCAGGGCUGCAGGUCUCGGGGCCUCCAGCAGCAUGACGGCCUUCAUCUCCCCUACCACCAGGGGGCUCCGGGAGGCCAUGAAGGCUGAAGGUAUAGAGUUCAGUCUCCCUCUAGUGGAGGAGAGGAGGACGAGCAGGGAGCAACUCAACCUGACCGAGGAAGAGGAGGAGUGCUCUGAGCUCCAAGGGGGUGAAGCGAGUCGGGCGGGCGAUGAAGAGCAUGAGGAUGAAGACGGCAGCUUCUCCUGGCUGAAGGAGAUGGGCAUCCAGGACAAGAUCAAGAAGCCAGACAGCAUCACCAUGCAACUUCAUAAGGAGGGUCCCGCUGUGUCUCUGGACCACAAGCCGGAGUCCGUGGUGUGUGUCUCUGGACCGCACACCUUCACCCUCAUCAACUUCCUCAUCAGCUGUAAGAGCCUGGUGGCUGCAGCCGGCUGCCAGGCCGGGUUGCCCCCAACACUCCUGGCUCCUGGUGCCUUCAGAGGAGCUACGAUGCACACGCUGAAGGCCCGCAGUGUGAACGUGAAGAGCCAGGUUGGUUCAACCUACCAGAACAUCAGCAGUCUGGAGAUCACAGGACCUAUCCUCCCCUCCUCCCUCCACACCAUCACCACCCUCCUUCGGCCUGCACAGAAAGGGAACUUCUCAGCUGCUCUGUACACACACACACCGACCGCUGUGAUGAACACACACACACCGACCGCUGUGAUGAACACACACACACCGACCGCUGUGAUGAACACACACACACCGACCGCUGUGAUGAACACACACACACCGACCGCUGUGAUGAACACACACGCCACCAAGCAACAGGGUUCUGGGGCGUCGGUGGACCUGUCUGGUUGUGGUCUCCAUCCUGCUUCGGUCCAGCAGCUCCAGCAGCCCUCCAGCCUGGGCAAGACCGCCCUGACUCACAUCAACAUGAGUAACUACAGCUACAUGUGGAAGAACUGAUGGAGGGAAGGGUGGAGCUGCACUACCAGAGGAUGGAGAGAAACCAUGAGAUGAUGGAGAGAAACCAUGAGGGUGGAGAGAAACCAUGAGGGUGGAGAGAAACCAUGAGAUGAUGGAGAGAAACCAUGAGGGUGGAGAGAAACCAUGAGAUGAUGGAGAGAAACCAUGAGAUGAUGGAGAGAAACCAUGAGGGUGGAGAGAGAGAAACCAUGAGAUGAUGGAGAGAAACGUGAGAUGAUGGAGAGAAACCAUGAGAUGAUGGAGAGAAACCAUGAGAUGAUGGAGAGAAACCAUGAGGGUGGAGAGAAACCAUGAGAUGAUGGAGAGAAACCAUGAGAUGAUGGAGAGAAACGUGAGAUGAUGGAGAGAAACCAUGAGGGUGGAGAGAGAGAAACCAUGAGAUGAUGGAGAGAAACGUGAGAUGAUGGAGAGAAACCAUGAGGGUGGAGAGAGAGAAACCAUGAGAUGAUGGAGAGAAACCAUGAGAUGAUGGAGAGAAACCAUGAGAUGAUGGAGAGAAACCAUGAGGGUGGAGAGAGAGAAACCAUGAGAUGAUGGAGAGAAACGUGAGAUGAAGGCAAAGCAGUCCUCUUCUUGUGAAAUGCUCUUACGAACAUGUUUUUAAUGAGCCCAGUAUGUUUCAUCUCUAAUAUUAGUUUAAUAUUUAUAAACGUUGGCUUGUCUAAACAAGUUUGUAACUACUUUUAAUUAUUUUUAUUAAAGUACCAGUGUGCUGUCACACGGUUUGAGGUUGUAUGCUGAUUUAUUAUGGUCUGGUUCAUGUGAUUCAUGCUGAUUAUUAUGGUCUGGUUCAUGUGAUUCAUGCUGAUUUAUUAUGGUCUGGUUCAUGUGAUUCAUGCUGAUUAUUAUGGUCUGGUUCAUGUGAUUCAUGCUGAUUAUUAUGGUCUGGUUCAUGUGAUUCACGCUGAUUAUUAUGGUCUGGUUCAUGUGAUUCAUGCUGAUUAUUAUGGUCUGGUUCAUGUGAUUCAUGCUGAUUAUUAUGGUCUGGUUCAUGUGAUUCACGCUGAUUAUUAUGGUCUGGUUCAUGUGAUUCAUGCUGAUUAUUAUGGUCUGGUUCAUGUGAUUCACGCUGAUUAUUAUGGUCUGGUUCAUGUGAUUCACGCUGAUUAUUAUGGUCUGGUUCAUGUGAUUCAUGCUGAUUAUUAUGGUCUGGUUCAUGUGAUUCACGCUGAUUAUUAUGGUCUGGUUCAUGUGAUUCAUGCUGAUUAUUAUGGUCUGGUUCAUGUGAUUCACGCUGAUUAUUAUGGUCUGGUUCAUGUGAUUCACGCUGAUUAUUAUGGUCUGGUUCAUGUGAUUCAUGUUGAUUAUUAUGGUCUGGUUCAUGUGAUUCAUGCUGAUUAUUAUGGUCUGGUUCAUGUGAUUCAUGCUGAUUAUUAUGGUCUGGUUCAUGUGAUUCAUGCUGAUUAUUAUGGUCUGGUUCAUAGCGCUCUGCUCACCUGUUGUUACUGCCCUUCCUCACUGAUGACAUCAUCUUUGAGACUCAUCAGUUGAAGCUGCAUGAGACCAGCUGCCUGGACUACGAAGCUCUGGAGGAUCGGACCACCGGUACCGAAGCGGUUCGGGCAGCAAGAGAACCUCCUGGUGUCCUUGACUGAGCCCUGGAGCCAGAUCAGGGAUCCAAACCAGCAUGGCAUCCCCAGGGGACGGCAGGCUUCCUCCACGACGAAGCCAGGUCCUGGAGGGUCCCAGGUUCAGGAGUCUGGAGGUCAGGUUCAGGAGUCUGGAGGGUCCCAGGUUCAGGAGUCUGGAGGUCAGGUUUAGGAGUCUGGAGGUCAGGUUCAGGAGUCUGGAGGUCAGGUUCAGGAGUCUGGAGGUCUGGUUCAGGAGUCUGGAGGUCUGGUUCAGGAGUCUGGAGGGUCCCAGGUUCAGGAGUCUGGAGGUCAGGUUUAGGAGUCUGGAGGUCUGGUUCAGGAGUCUGGAGGGUCCCAGGUUUAGGAGUCUGGAGGGUCCCAGGUUCAGGAGUCUGGAGGUCAGGUUCAGGAGUCUGGAGGGUCCCAGGUUCAGGAGUCUGGAGGUCAGGUUCAGGAGUCUGGAGGGUCCCAGGUUUAGGUGUCUGGAGGGUCCCAGGUUUAGGUGUCUGGAGGGUCCCAGGUUCAAGAGUCUGGAGGGUCCCAGGUUUAGGAGUCUGGAGGUCAGGUUUAGGAGUCUGGAGGGUCCCAGGUUCAGGAGGUCAGGUUCAGGAGUCUGGAGGGUCCCAGGUUCAGGAGUCUGGAGGGUCCCAGGUUCAGGAGUCUGGAGGGUCCCAGGUUUAGGUGUCUGGAGGGUCCCAGGUUUAGGAGUCUGGAGGGUCCCAGGUUUAGGAGUCUGGAGGGUCCCAGGUUUAGGUGUCUGGAGGGUCCCAGGUUUAGGAGUCUGGAGGGUCCCAGGUUUAGGUGUCUGGAGGGUCCCAGGUUUAGGAGUCUGGAGGGUCCCAGGUUUAGGAGUCUGGAGGUCAGGUUUAGGAGUCUGGAGGGUCCCAGGUUCAGGAGGUCAGGUUUAGGAGUCUGGAGGGUCCCAGGUUCAGGGUCCCAGGUUCAGGAGUCUGGAGGGUCUCAGGUUCAGGAGUCUGGAGGGUCCCAGGUUCAGGGUCCCAGGUUCAGGAGUCUGGAGGUCUGGUUCCUGUGUUUCUCCUCGUAGUCGAAAGUGAAGCUUUCAUCUUGACACAUUAAAAUCAACAAACAUGAUUCAUACGCUUGAAACUUUCAUGAAAAUGUUUGUUCUAUUGUAAGUAUGUAAACAAUAAAGUUGUGUUAGGGUACAAAUAUGUAAACAAUAAAGUUGUGUUAGGGUACAUAUAUAUGUAAACAAUAAUAAAACGCUCAGCUUGUU